AACGUUCCUGGUGUCAGAGAGAAAGAUGAGAACCCACCAAGUGUUCCCCCUGCCCCUGCUCCUGGUGAUUGCCUCGGUGGCCUCAGAGAACGCCAGCACAUCCCGGGGCUGUGGGUUGGACCUUCUCCCUCAGUACGUGUCCCUGUGCGACCUGGACGCCAUCUGGGGCAUCGUGGUGGAGGCAGUGGCCGGGGCGGGGGCCCUGAUCACACUGCUCCUGAUGCUCAUCCUCUUGGUGAGACUGCCCUUCGUCAAGGACAAGGAGAAGAGGAGGCCCGUGGGUCUCCACUUCCUCUUCCUGCUGGGGACCCUGGGCCUCUUUGGACUGACGUUUGCCUUUAUCAUUCGGAUGGACGAGACGAUCUGCUCCAUCCGACGCUUCCUCUGGGGUGUCCUCUUCGCACUCUGCUUUUCCUGUCUGCUGAGCCAGGCGUGGCGGGUGCGGAGGCUGGUGCGCCAGGGCACAAGCCCAGCCAGCUGGCAGCUAGUGAGCCUGGCGCUGUGCCUGGUGCUGGUGCAGGUCAUCAUUGCCACCGAGUGGCUGGUGCUGACCGUGCUGCGUGACACGAAGCCGGCCUGCGCCUACGAGCCCAUGGAUUUUGUGAUGGCGCUCAUCUAUGACAUGGUGUUGCUGGUCAUCACCCUGACACAGUCCCUCUUCACGCUGUGUGGCAAGUUCAGGCGGUGGAAAGUGAACGGAGCCUUCAUCCUCAUCACAACCUUCCUCUCUGUGCUCAUCUGGGUGGUCUGGAUGACCAUGUACCUGUUCGGCAACUCCAUCAUUAAGCAGGGAGAUGCCUGGAGCGACCCCACCUUGGCCAUCACCUUGGCAGCCAGUGGCUGGGUUUUUGUCAUCUUCCACGCCAUUCCGGAGAUCCACUGCACCCUCCUCCCACCCCUGCAGGAGAACCCACCCAACUACUUCGACACUUCACAGCCCAGGAUGCGGGAGACGGCGUUUGAGGAGGACAUGCACCUGCCUCGGGCCUACAUGGAGAACAAGGCCUUCUCAAUGGAUGAACAUAGUGCAGCUCUUCGGUCAGCAUCGGGCUUUUCCAAUGGAAGCUUGGGAAAAAGAUCCAGCGACAGCAUGGGAAAGAAACCCUGUAACCUGGGAAGCCGACCCAGCGCGCCAUUCAGAAGCAAUGUGUAUCAGCCAACCGAGAUGGCUGUCGUACUCAAUGGCGGGACCAUCCCAACCGCUCCGCCAUCUCACACAGGAAGACACCAUUGGUGAAAGACCUUAAGAUCCAGAGAAUAAGAAUCUCUCUUACCGAUUUU